AUGAAAAAUUUAUAUUCUGAAGGAGUAAAAAAUGAAGAAGCAUACGAAACAUAUUCUCAUGUACCCGUUGAAUCUUCGUAUACAGUCGAAGAUAUUUUAGCCAAAUAUUUAUUAGAUUUUGCCAUAGAAGAAGACACAGUCCUUGGUUACAUAAAUGAUUUGAAUACUUUUAAAGAAAUUUUAGAUAAAAUGAAAGAUAUAGGUUUUGCUUUUAGUGUUAGGGAUUCCGGUGCACGAAAAAAACAUAGGCAGAAAAUUGAAAAAGAGCCAUUAAAUGAUAAAAUUAGUGAUUCAAAUACAUCCAAAGAAUUUUUCGAUCAUCUCACAGUUUUUUAUCAACUGAAAGCAAUGCCAAUUAGAUUUUUUGGACUUCCAUUUACAAUUGAUAAAACUACUCAUUAUCAGUGUGCUUAUGGAUGCAAAUAUUACAAAUCGAGAGCAGAUGAAUUGAAACCGAAAAAAAAAAGGGUAGGGAGUAAAAAAAUGGGUUGCUUAGCAAAAAUGACUAUAAAGCACAUAACAGUUUAUCCUGAUUACAAAUUAGAAGUAGAAUCUGAUUGGAGAAAAAAGAAAAAGUCUAGUCAUAAUCAUCCACCGAUAAUUAUAGAGCCAAAAUUAAAAACUCAAAAGUCUAAAAGUCAUAAAACUCUUAUAAAAAAUACGACAACACAAAAAAGUUCAAAAAAAGACGAAGAAGUAAUAUUAUCUUCGACAGUGAUAAAAGAACCAGAUUGGAAUUACAUAGAAGAACCAUCUUCCAGUCUAAAAACAAAUGAAGAUUCCAAAGAUGAACAGUCAGCUAAAACGAUAACAUUAAGAGAUGACAAUUUUCUCCAUACUUUGGUGAAAUUUUCUCACACUACAACGACAGCAGUUUUCGAGCAAGUCGAUUACAAGCCAAAUGAAAUUAAAAUUGAAAUAGCACCUUUUGAACCCACUGAAAAUGCAUCAACUAUAGAAGUGUAUGAAUAUCAGCCGACCAUACAAGAACUUCAAACUCUUUUCAAAGAAAAAUUAAAAAAUCUCUAUACUCUUUGCAAUAACUGUUCAAAUGGUUCCCUUAUAUUAAGAUUAGCUGGCGAUUUGGAACAAAUUGAAAUGCAACUAAAUAAUGAUAUUAAUUACAGCAACUUAUAA